AUGGAGUUUAGCGCUGACAUUGAAACACAUCAUCUUGGGUCUGUGACUGACAAGGAAUGUGAUAACUACAAACUGAAGUUGUCAGACGUUGGUCCUGAAUCAGACAGCGGUUCAAUAAUUUCGGUACAGCUUCUUGAAUUUAAGACGAGCCUCCUUGAAGCAGUGGAGGAAUUGCAUAUUCACAGGGAUUCUGAAACACGCCACGAGGCUCAGAUCUGUAAACUCGUCCUGGAGAAGCAAGAACUAGAGUGGCAGAAGGAGGCUUUACAAAAUCAAAUCAACAGGAUGACAAAAGAACAAUCAGAAUCCCUUGCUGUUGUUAAAAAGCAGUUUCAGGCUCAGAUUCGAGGAAUAGAAGGAGAAAAGGGGAAACACCAACUGAGUGUUGAAUUAAAAGACAAAGAGAUCACCAGCCUGAAGGAAGAGUUGAAGUUACUGCAGUUGUUCAAGUACAGUUUGGAGAAGAAAUUAAGCGAGCUGGAGCAGAAGGUGCAGCUGCAGACUCAGGUGAAGGACAGCCAUCUGAAUCAGCUGGGAGAGGUGGAGAAGCGUUUCAGGACGAUAUCGAGACAAUGUGCUGUGGUCAGACAAGUGCAUGAGAAACUGGAGCAGAAUGUCGAGGAGGCAAUGCGGAUUAACAAGAAACUUGUAUCCAUGAACAAAAAACAAGAAUCUACAAUUGCUGCACUGAAAAAGGAUAUGGAGGGGCUUAACAGUGAGCUGGUAAAAAGCAAAGUUGUGUCCAUCUGCAGAUCUGGAGACGAAAGUUCUUCUUACCUGCUGAAAGACCAACAAAUGCAGGAGCUUAAGCAAAGGCUGAUUGUGGAGACAGAACUGAAUAAGAAGCUAAGAAAUGAAAUUGCUGUAGAAAGAGCAGAGAAGCAGGAGCUUAUGAGCUCCCUCCAGCAUGCCCAGUGGCUGCUGCAGACUCAGACGCAGGCUGUGAGUCAAACCGAGCAACAGCUCCUCAUACACACAGAGGAGUAUCAGGUCCUUAAACGAGAACAUGAAAUGGUCCGAGAGAGGAGCAAAGAAAAAGAGGACAGACUUGUGCACUUGAUCGAUGACUACAAACAUUCCAAAAUCGCUCUUGAAAAAGAGAUGCGGACUCUGCAUGCAAAAAUGCAGGCAGAUCAGGAAGAGCUGAAAGCUGUUAAAAAGGCAUACGAUCACCUCCAUGAGAAACACCAACAACUGUCCUCUUGUAUGAUGCAUCAAGCAAGACCUAUUCAUGGCUUAGAGAAUGGCAGAAUUGACAUCCAAACAAAUUCUCCUACCAGCCUGAACUGUGUUAUGGAUCUGGAUAAGGAUAUAUCUUCAGAUGGAGAAGCCCGUCAAGCCAGUCCUCAAAAUAACUGUGAGCAAAUGAGACAUUGCAAAGAAGAUGAAGACAUUCCAGAUGAAAGGACUGCUGAGUGUCAAGAAGCGGUAAUAGGCAGAGAAGACGAUGAGGUUAAUGUUCGUUCUCAGAUGGAUCGAACAACUCUGGCACUUCCACCUUCAGAAGGCCUUGUUGGUUUGGCUCCAGAUCAGUCAGAGACAAGUGAGAGAGUCAGUGGAACUGAUGUGACAAAUCAGCAGAUAGAUCCAGCUGUCAAACAAGAAGCUAGCGUCAGUGAAAGCGCACCAGUGCUUGGCUUGUUUGAUAAUGGUCACCCUUCAAACGCACUGCAAAGUUAUACAGAAAGCUGUCUCGCUAAGCUAUCAGAACCCCAAACCAGGUCUGUUUAUGGUGUGGCCAGUGACCCAGUGAUGUCUGAACCCAGGGUUACGCCAGGGGAGAAGAGUCUGUGUGUCUAUGAAAGACGAGAGCACCAGACACCAGAUAUACACACAUCCGAGACAUCUCAGGACAUUAACUUGAAAGGAGUUGAGCCUCAGACUGCAGCACCUGAGAAAAAUCAGGCACCAAGCACCUCACCAAAUAGCGAUAGUGUUGUAGAAGAAGAUACAGAACCACCACAUGCACAUAACAAGAGUCCUACGAAGUACGGACAAUUAGGUGUACCCUAUUUAAACCCACAGCAACGAUUCAUUCCUCAUGAGUCAGACUCUUCUCGUGAAGGAUUCUCUUUAGUACCUCAUGCUGCCUCAAUUUCUGACACACCCUUUAGUGAACUACAAGAACUACAAGUAAGUCCUGAUCAACAGGAAGACAUAAACAACCAUAUCAGGGUCACUAAGGCAAAAUGUAUCCCAGAAGUGGAGUUGAAUGCCAUUUCCCAUCCUGCUGAAUCAUCCUCUCGAAGUACAGUGUUUAUCGCGGCUAAUGUAGCAGAAGCUCAAGAUGGAAAUAAAACAGAUGAUAUCUGUACUUCUGCUUUAUCUGCACAGAGCAAUGAGCAAAAUGCGGAAGCAUCUCCAUAUCCCCAGAUGUCACACCCACAGGAAAAUUCUGUGUUCCCUGAUACAAAACUUAGCGAACAGCCGAAUAAUAAAGAAAAUCAAAUGACUGGCAUAGAACCAGCUUACAGUGAUGAAAGCAAAAGAUAUGGAUCAUCUCUUGAGUUGGACGUGCCUUUGAAAGAAACAUUGGAUGCAAAAUUGAAUGGCUCACAAAGUGCUGCAUUGAGGCAAACAAACAAAUCCUCAGCACCCUCAAAAAUAUUCAUUUCUGAGCAGAAAUCUGUGCUGCCCUCUGGCUUCCAGGACCUUCUCAGAUCAUUACGUACCCCUGUUUUUCCAAAGUCCACACUAAGAAACCGAGGUGGACCUCUUGACAAGGCGAAUGUUUCAGACAUCCAUCCUUACCGAAAAAAUGAUCACUACGGGGAAUGGAAUGCAAUAAAAGAGACAUUUUCUGAAAUCUCUACUGAAAAAGAGAGCAGAAUUCCAAUCUCGUUUGGUUCAGCUCAGCCAGGCAGCCCAGCGGCAUGCUCUGUGGGUAAUGGGCUGAGACAGAACUUCACUGUUACUCCCCCUCCAAGACGGCACAACUUGGGAAAAGUGUCUCGGUCCGUGUGUGAGGAAAGAACACCCACGCCUCUUGAGAAAGAGGACAAUCAGAAGUCUGACAUCAGGUCCCAGAUCGCUAAGAUUGAACAGUUCUUCUCUUCUGAAGUUGUUAAACCGCAAAAAAGACGUAGAGUAGAUGAGAUUGAACUUUAAAAGGCUUAGACUAAAUGCAUUAUCUUUAUUAUAUUAACACCCAGGCUGUUAUAGAGCUUGAAUGUGACUGUUUUGCUUUUGUUUGCGUCACAUUUAACAAAAAAGAGUAUUGUUUAAGACUUUUGUUAGAUAUAUCAGAACUAUCUCAAUCUGAUCACUUAAUUUUUUUUAAAUUCUGUUCCUUCUUUAUGUGAAACAUGACCCAAAUGCAUUUUAGUCCUUGCUCCAUGCUUUACCCUACUGAUAAACAAGGUAAGCUGCUUCACAUAAAACAUGUUCAUUACAGUUUUAAAGCCAAUUAACACUAAUUACUCCCGAGAUGGUCUGUCUUUUCCUCUGAGGACAUUUAAUUUGCCAAAUACAAACUGCUGCCAACUAUAACUUGUGUUAAUUAAAACAUUUGAGUAACAGGAAUCAAUUAAUGCACAUUAACCCAAAUUAGAAAAUGCAAAUGAUUCUCUCAUUAAGUUUAUGUUCUCAAUAAGGAGGUUGUUUAGAACAUAUGGGCACAUGUUAGGGCGAUACAGAUGACAAAAUGUGUUGCCGCUGCUGCUCAAGUAGAGAGUUUAUGUUGUAGAACAAUCAGCAGAUGUUAAUGAGCUUUUCCAUCCACCUGAAAAUCUGCCAAACUAAAAUCUAACGUCAUAUUUGUACUUGAUAUGUUUGUAUUUGAUUUUCUUUCGGUUUUAUUUGGGAUGUACGUGUGUUCGUGUGUGUAUUUGUUAUUCCCAUAUAUUCUACAGAGCUGAAGCUGAUGCAUGCAUUUCAUUCUGUUUUAUUGUUAGAUAAAUCACAGUUCAUUUUUAAAAUUAAAGUAGUUUAAAGGGCUUAACAAAAAUCAUUCUCCUUAGAAGAAAUAAAACCACACUGCAGAAAGAAAAUGUGCACCUCCUGAGGAUGGCACAAGGUCCCUCUCAGAUCUGGCUUAAUACACUUACUCAUUAUUAAUAUGUCAAAAUGUUAAUGUCCUCAUAAAGAAAUCUGAUGUGUUUUGAGUGUCUGUGCCAGCAGUGCUGACCCUUAUCCUUAAAGGGAGUAGGCAAUAUGGAAAGCGCAAUUUUAAUACACAAUCUGGAAUAUGAAGUGGCGGUCCUUUGAAACAGUCAAUUACACUUGAGCGCGGGAGGGACCCUGGUGUUAAUUACUAGUCGGUUUUAUGUAGAGUGUAAAUAAAGAGCUUGCUGACAUUCACAUUCCAUCACUAUGUCCUGACUGCCACAGCAAAUUAGCCUGGCCCCUAUGGGCUCCACUGGACCCUGAGCGUUCAUUUAACACUAGAAUAACACUCACUAACACUCACCGCAAACGAGGGAGCAGAGGGCUGCACAGGCAGGGCUAGCAGAGAUGCUGAUUAGAUUCACAUUGAGAUCUUUAAAGACACUUUUCUUGGCUAUUAAGAAAAAUAUUUGGGUAUUGUUUAAAAGUAGUUAGUUAUGGAGAAGCUGGUUGUAAGCAAUUCACUUUAACCUACAGUCAUAUUUGAAUGACUUACAUAGACAUAAACAAUAUUAACAUCAGAUAAGAUUUAAGAAUUUUUUAUUCAAAAUUGGUUAAGAAUUUUAGCAUGUAAUCCUAAAGCAACAUAUGUCAAAUAGCCGUGAGUCCGCAGCAGGGUUUUAAUAGAACGCCCAAACUAUUGCUUUAGAUACUAAGCAAUUGUUAACUACCUUUUAUGUUUUUUUUUCUUGCCAAAAGAUCCCCCCUCCAUCUUUCUGCAUGGAGGAGGACACACUAGUGUUGUGAAUCACCUCCGCUUUAGCCUUCUCAUCUUACCUCUCACUGAGAGACGAGAAGAUAAUCCCUGCCUGCCCAGUAUUGUCAAAGGUCACCACAGUUUAAAGUUCACCAUCCACAUCAUUUAUAUGGCCCUAAAUUAGCCCCAACCUGUGGUUCUGACUCUCUCUUUCUCUCUCGCUCUGUCUCUCUCGCUAUCUCACUUUUAACUGACUAUUCAUCAAAUCAUUGCUCUGCACAUCCUUGCAGCGGGAAACAUGAACAAUGCUCGGUGGACAAUGCUUUUGAUUGAAUUAUGCUCCUCAAGGACCACCGUGGGAGCGCCAUACGUUUCUAAUUCUGCAAAGGUUAGGAGCGAUCACAUGAGUACACAUUACUCCCCCGUACAUCUAUAUAUCUGUGAGCGGCACAGUGCGCUCCAUAAAGGAUGAACCAUUUCAGCUGUUACUGAAAAGUAGUGGACCCCAAAACCCAGUCUUAACCCGCAUGCUGUCCUGCAUUAUCCAUGUCCCUGCUGACGUGUUGGGCUGUAAGUCUCGCACAGUGGGACAUCCAGCUGGAUGAUGGAGAGCGCUAGUGCACUCCAGGGGAGCUUGUAAAACUGCCGUGCCCCUGAUUUCCACUCUGAGCCCGGCCUCCACCUCAACGCACUCUCCAUUCUCGGCUUUCCCUAAAUCAUGGAGCGGGGAUGACAUGUUGAGAUCCAUUAAGCAACAAAUGUAUUUUGUUACUAACUUUUACAGGGUCAGAGAGAUGGUCGGGGUCUUGCUGUUUUAAAGUAAUGCACUGUGGAACACUGAAUCAGUGUCCGCUAAUGAAGAGUAGGUGGCCUGUUCAAUUACAGGGGAAAAGAUAGGGUCAUUUUUUUUUUUUUUUUUUUUUUUU